AUGAACGGAUUCCCGCCUCCAAUGGCGCCGUCCGGCUCUACUUGGACAAGUGCUAAAACUCCAGAUGGCAGGGAAUACUACUAUAACACGAUCACGAAGCUCACCACGUGGGAGAAGCCCGAUGAGUUGAAAGACGACGUCGAGCGCGCACUCCCUGGCACCGGCUGGGCAGCCCACUGGGCAGAUGGCAAGCGAUACUUUGCGCAUAUUGAGACCAAGCAGACAACGUGGACUGUUCCCGAUGUUGUUCAGCAGAAAAUCGACCAGAUGAGGCAGAGCCUGCCGCCCCAGCGACCUCCCCCAGUUGGUCCCUCUGGCUGGGCGGGGGGCCCACCCUCGAAUGCGCCGUCGUACGAGAACAGACGCCCCGAGCGCGACGAGUACCGUCCCGACCGCCAUGACCGCCGCGACGAUAGAGACCGAGAUCGCGAGUCUGGCUUCGCCGGCGAUCGACCCAACAUUAGUUUCACGGCAGGCACCGAGCUUCAGUUUUCCACGCCUCAAGAGGCCGAGGCUGCUUUCAUCAAGGUGCUUAAACAGAUCAAGGUCCAGCCUGACUGGUCGUGGCAGCAGGCUGUGCGCGCUGGUAUUCACGACCCUAACUGGCGCGCCAUACCAGAGCCCGAGAAGCGCGAGGAGGCUUUCCGGAAGUAUUGCGAAGAUCUGCGCGCCCAGGAAAAGCUCAAGGAGCAGGAUCGCCAGGCCAAGCUGCGCUCUGAUUUCACUGCAAUGCUGCGUUCGCACCCGGAGAUCAAAUAUUACACCCGCUGGAAGACUGCUCUUCCCAUUAUCGAAGACGAGACCAUUUUCCGCUCUGCCAAGGAUGACAAUGAGCGAAGGACCUUGUUCGAGGAAUACAUCAUCUCUCUCAAGAAGGCGCAUGAGGAAGAUGAGGAGGCGAGCAGAGAAUCCGCACUCGACCAAGUCAUGGGUCUGCUACAGGCACUGGAUCUGGAGCCCUUUACUCGCUGGCACACGGCUGAGGAAAAGCUGGAGCGCAACGAGGAGUUCAAGAGUGAAAAGUUCAAGACUUUGACUCGCCUAGAUGUCCUCGAUCAAUUUGAAAAGCAUAUCAGGCAGCUCCAGCGCGAGCAUAACGAUCGAGUUCAGGCCGAGCGACGCAUCAAGCGCCGUAUCGAGCGCAAGAACCGCGAUGCGUUCAUAGAUCUGCUUGGUGAACUCAGGCACAAAGGCGCGCUACGUGCUGGCAGCAAAUGGAAGGACAUUCAUGAGCUUGUCCAAGAGGAUGCCCGUUACACGGCCAUGCUUGGACAAAGCGGAUCGUCCCCUCUUGAUCUGUUCCGCGAUGCUCUCGAAGAAGAAGAGAGCAAGUUCCGUACCCUCCGCCGACGGGCCUUGGAUGUACUAGAGCAACAACGAUUUGAGGUUACCACAUCGACUCCUGUGGAAGAAUUCCUAACUGUCAUGCGAAAAGAUCCGCGCACAGCUGAUAUUGACGAACAGUCCAUGCACAGCAUCUACAACUACGUCCUCAACAAAGUGAAGAAACGCGAGGAAGAAGAACGACGAGACGAGGAGUCCAACGAACGCUAUGCCGUAGACAAGCUUCGCUCUGUUAUCAAGCACCUUGAUCCACCAGUGUCGGUGUCAGACGACUGGGAAGUGGUACGUCCCCGUGUUGAGAAGACAGACGAAUAUCGCGCACUGAAAUCAGAUACACUACGCGAAUUGGCAUUCGACAAGUACAUUUCCCGAUUGAAGGACAAAGAGCAUGAUCGUCGGGAUAGGAGCAGGCGCGAUGACCGCGACCGUGACAGGGAUAGACGUGAUCGAGAUCGUGAGUAUCGCAGCGGACAUUCUGAUUCUCACCGCCGUCAUCGUACACGCACUCGCUCACCUGAACAUGACCCGUACGCUGCAGAGCGUCGACGAGCAGUGCAAGAUAGGGAGGCACGCUACAGAAACAGCGACAGCACGGGCCUGUCUCCUCUUCCACGUCGCGACCGCCGAGAUGAUGAUCGGUAUGAGCGCUCUCGUCGAGGUUCUCUUGGAGAUCACUAUGGUCGUGAGCGCCGCGAGCGUGAAGUGGAACGUGAACGAUCUUACGUUAGCAGAGCCGACCCUCGUGAGGCGACUGUUAGUCUGCUCGACUACGGUGACAGCGGUGGCCGCACUUCCUCGACCCGACGCCGUCGCGACAGCGAAGAAAGCUCUAGUAGGCGCGAUCGAGAGACCAAGCGUGCACGCUACUCUCCCCGUGGUACGGACCGCAAGUCCAAGACCCCCGCUCCUGAAGCGUCGUCCAAGAAGGAAGAAGAAGAUCGCGCUCUCCGUAGUGGAAGCGAGGAGGGCGAGAUUGAGGAAGAUUAG